AUGAAGUUCGGGAAGAGCAUCUGUGUGCUCAACGUAGGGGGAACCCGGUACGCCUUCACCCGUGAAGUGAUCAGGGAUUUCCCUCUCCGGCGCGUCAGCCGCCUGCAUGCCUGCGCAACCGAGAAAGAGGUUCUUGAACUGUGCGACGACUACGACCGGGACCGGAAUGAGUUUUUCUUCGACCGCCACGCGCAGGCUUUCGUGUUCAUCAUGCUGUACGUGCGCUCCGGUAAACUCCGCUUUGUCCCCGGUGUGUGUGAGCUGUCCUUCUACACAGAGAUGCUCUACUGGGGACUGGAGAGCGCGCACUUGGACUCCUGCUGCCAGAAACGCCUGGACGACAGGAUGUCAGAGAUUGGACUGGACAGUCUGUCCGAAGCAGACGUCAGAGUGUCGGAGGAUGGGUCAGUGAACCCGGGCGAGACAGUGCAAGGGACUGCGCUCACCGGUCGCGCAAGAUGGGUCGAGAAGAUGCGCAAGGCAUUCGAGGAGCCCAACUCUUCGCUUGCGGCGCAGCUUUUGGCUUCAGUGUCCGUGAUCUUUGUGAUCGUUUCAAUGAUUAUGCUGUGUGCUAGUACCCUGCCGGACUGGGAUACAGCCAAGAGGAACACUGUGGAGGAGCACAGGAUAGUGGAGGCAGUGUGUAUUGGCUGGUUUACAGCAGAGUGCAUAGUGCGCUUUCUGGUGGCCAGAAACAAGUGGGACUUCCUCCGCAGGCCACUGAACAUCAUCGAUGUUAUUGCGAUCACCCCCUACUAUGUCACCAUGGCGAUGGCACGGGCAGGGAUGCCAAGUGCUGGGCUCGGGGUUGUUGGGGUGAUGCUGCGUGUGCUGAGGAUGAUGCGAGUGUUCUGGCUCAUGAAGCUGGCCAGACACUUCCUGGGUCUGCAGACGCUGGGGCUGACACUCACGCGCUGCUACCGGGAGAUGGUCAUGCUGAUGGUGUUUGUCUGCGUCGCCAUGGCGAUAUACAGCGCUCUGGCCCAGCUGCUGGAGCACGGCUUGGACUUGGGAACGCAGAACCCGGAUUACGCCAGCAUUCCAGCCGCCGCCUGGUGGGUCAUCAUUUCCAUGACCACGGUUGGGUACGGGGAUGUGUAUCCUGUGACAGUUGGGGGACGGGUGCUUGGAGGAAUGUGCGUUGUGAGUGGCAUUGUUCUCUUGGCACUGCCCAUCACAUUCAUCUACCACAGUUUUGUACAGUGCUACCAUGAACUCAAACUCCGCUCUGCCAGAUACGCACGUAGCCUGUCAGCGGAGAUACUGCAAUGAACAUGCAUUUGUACUAAAACACCUAUGCUCCUGCCUACAUAAGACAAAAACUCAACAAACCAGUGGACUCUGCAGAUCCCAUUGUGAAAUAAAGAUCAGUGUUGGGCCCUGCCCUCUUUCCUGUCUAAAACUACACCUGAUUUUAUUUGGCCUGUUUUGUUCCUGCCUGUUGUGUUGAUGAUCUCUAAUCAUUGUCCUCAACCCAGCAUGCUCUGUCUCCUUAACAACAUGACUUGGGAAGAAGAAAACACACAUAAUUAUUUAUUUAACAGAUACAGGCAUAGUCAAUCCAGUUUUGACAGUGGCUGUUGUUUACACUGUAUUCCCAUGGUUACAAAAUUGGCAGAGACGGCUGCUUUUUUGUGUGCUGCAUCAAGUGCUGUGUGUGUGUGUGUGUGUGUUUGUUUGUCUGGCUGUCAGCCUUUCACUUUGUCUAAGCUUUGCACCCAGAUGGUACAAGUUACACAAGAUUGAUGUGUGACCUAGAUGCAUUCUGUUAAACCUGUGAAACAUAAAGGAGUGAAAAAGUGAGUGCAAAGUGGGGAUGGACAAGGGUUACACAGAGUGCUUAGUGUGUAGAAGGAGGUUAAUAGAAUAUGGAGACAGGUCAGCAAGGACUACAAGGUGGCAGACAAAUAAAGAAGCGACAGAUAUGCCAGGGCAGAUGGAGUGUGAAAUGGAGGAUAAAAGAUUAUGGAACAAAAAUGACAGAAUGUGGAGUAAACCUGAGCACAAAGAAUGAAUAGGCAGAAUGCGCAUAGCUUUUCCAUUUGCGAGUGAAUGUAAGGCAUUUUGUAUUUCUGCAUCUCCAAGGCAACCUCAUCCUCAAAUGUGUCAAUCAUAGUGGGUGAUUUGUGUGCACACAAAUAGGCCACAUCCACACACACACCUCCUGUUUGGCAUGUAGCAUUUUUGUUCUGCAAUUAUUGGGAAAAUGACAUCACAGGAUUAGUUGAAAUUAAUAGAAAAGAAAGAAAAAUAAAGUGUGGGUGGGGGGCAAUGCAGACACGUUUGCCCUUACCAUGGUUUGCCAGGAUGAUAUGAUUUGUUUAAGAGACACAUGAUCCAAACAAACAAGUCAACACCUCUCCCACACAACAGUCUUUCUCUGCAUCUCCUCUUCUCUUCCUCCUGAUGCCAUCAACCAUCCUCUUUUCAUGCAUGCACACACACGCGCACGCCAGCCUCUUGCUCUUCUGUUGCAAAGGAAAUUAAGCAAUUAAUGAGUCUGAGUCUGUUCAUUAUCUGUCGGUCCUUAAAAUAUAAAGUCUACAUUUGUUAUUUCCUCGUCAGCUUUGCAGCCUUGUAUGAGUUUAGUGUCAGUAUAAGAAUUGUGUUAUCAAUGUGCUUUUUAAGUCACAAAAAUUAAAGAUAAGAAACAUUUUAUUAUCUUGCAUAAAACACAUAAUUUCCCAUAAUUCAACCCAUGGGGCAUAGCUUGUAGCCCAGUGAAUUUUGGCCAGGCCUGAUUGAGUCCAUUAAUCAAAACUUUUUCAUCCGUAGACUAUGGACUUGUAAUUAAUGUGAUUAAUGUGUGAUUGUUUUAUAAUAAAAUUACUCCCAGCAAAA